GCGUCCACUGGUUGCCUCCCUCUAUCUCGUUCUGAGGAGAAAUAAAAGGACACCAUUUUGUUGCUCCCGUUGGGGACCUCCCACUCUUCUCCUUUUUUCCCUCCACCGCGCUCUCUUCUUCCUCUUCAUGAAACGAAGAGAGAGUUUACGAAAUGCAGACGAAUUCCAUAGAUCCAUCCCUCCCCUCGACCGCCAACUCUAGCCUGAACUUUUCUUUGUCCCGCCCGGGUUUGCCCCUUGCAUUGUCGCCGGCGAUGGCUGCCGAAGCUCAGCCCAUGCUGCCGAACCACGUGAUGGUUCCGAUCGGUAGCCCGAUGCAUAGACGCAGUAGAUCCGAGUUUAUUCUGCGGUUUCCGGAUGAGUUUGGGCUGAAUUCCGGGGAAGCUAUGGCGACGGGGAGCUUUGAGGAGAUCGGGUCGGAGGAUGAUCUUUUCUCCACGUAUAUGGACAUUGAGAAGAUCGGAUGCAAGCUGGAGGGAAGCGGAUCGGGGUCGGAGGAUGGGGUGGGGCGAGAUCGGGUGGCGGAGAGUUCGGGUGGGGGGCAGGAGUUGAGGACGGACAAUGCGGGUAAUGGAGGAGCUGCGUCGAUGUUGAAGACGAAGCAUCGGCACAGCAACUCGGUGGACGGUUCGUCGGUGUCAUUUGCUUAUCUUUCACUUCUUCACAAUUGCUCUUUUUCAAAUAUCCAAGUGAUCUCAAAAUAUUUAAAUGGUACAAACAGGAUCUUAGCUAACCGACAAUCUGCAGCUCGCUCGAAAGAAAGAAAGGCACGCUAUAUCUCUGAACUUGAGAAGAAAGUUCAGACUCUUCAAACUGAGGCUACAACAUUAUCUGCGCAGCUUACUUUUUAUCAGGUUUCUAUUAAAUUUUUUCUAUAA